ACUUGCAUCUAUAUAUAUUUUUCCAAAACAAAAACGUAAUUCUUAGUUAAAAAGAAACCACAAAUAAACAACGCCCAAAAAGCAUGGCCGAUGCCAAUGCAAUGACAGCCGGCAAAUCGCCGGCUAUCGAGAAGCGAGUGCACAAUGCCGCAGAUCUGGCGCAAUGGCAGCGCUCCCGUGCCUAUCACGAUUUAAUUGGUUACAUCAAUGGCACCAGCUCGGCCAUACAGGGCAUCAAGACAACGGACGAGAUGUACGAAUCGGAUGUGCUGCGCAAGCUGCUGGCCCUAUUCGAUGCGCUGGCCCAGCUGGUCAAGGAGCAUCCGCCGCUGGAGCAGCCGCAACGUUUUGGCAACAAGGCCUACCGGGACUGGUCGCGCACCAUGCACGAGCAGCUGCCCGGCCUGCUGGCGCAGCUGCUGCCCGCCGCCAAGCACAAAUACCACAACGAAUUGCUGCAGUAUCUGCUGGAGAGUUUCGGCAAUGCGACACGCAUCGAUUAUGGCACCGGGCAUGAGCUAUCGUUUAUAUUCUUUCUGUGCGCCCUGUUCAAGGCGGAGAUAUUGCUGGAGCAGGAUAUUGUGAGCGCUGCGCUGCGCCUGUUCAAGCGCUAUUUGGAGUUCGCACGCCAACUGCAGCGCACCUACAACAUGGAGCCGGCGGGCAGCCAGGGCGUUUGGUCGCUGGACGACUUUCAGUUUGUGCCCUUCAUUUGGGGCAGCGCCCAGCUGGCGGUCAAGAGUCCCUUCGAUCCGGCCAAGUUUGUGGACGAGCAGAUCAUCAAUGAUUUCAAGGAGCAGUACAUGUUCAUCAGCUGCAUCGACUACAUCUGCCAGGUGAAGACGGGCCACUUUGGCGAGCACUCAAAUCAGCUGUGGAGCAUUACAGCGGUGCCCUCCUGGAUCAAGAUCAAUGCCGGCCUGGUCAAGAUGUACCAAAAGGAGAUACUGUCCAAGUUUCCGGUCAUACAGCAUGUCUAUUUUGGCGAACUGAUGUCCUUUGAUACGGUCGCCGCGGGCACCACGCUCACCAACGCUCGCUUGGGUCAUGUGGCGCCGCCGCCCUCCAAGCGCAUAUGCAUUGCAACGCCAGCGUCCGCCAAUCUGUUGCCGCCCACACCGAUUGUGGCGCCACCGCCGCCGGCCGAGGCAUUGAACAGCGACCUGAACGUGGGCGAUUCGAGCAGCGAGAGCAGCGACAACAGCGUUGUGCUGCGUCCGCACACAGACUCAUCCGCCUCGCUGGUGGGCAUACAGGGCUCCGGCUCCGGCUCCGGUUCGGGCGACAAAUCCACCAAUCAGCCGGCUGGCGAGCUACCCAAGGAGCAGCAGCAGCAGCAGGCGGAUUAGCGGCUGCUGGAAAUCUGUUGCUUCGUGGAAGUCUGUUGAAAUUUUUCGGUAGUUGCGUUUAAACAUUCAAAUUGUCAAUAAUAUGCUAAAUCUUUAAACUGUUGAAAGAAAUAAUAUAUA